AUGAAGUACAUCAACCCGGUCUUGAUCCUACGCGUCCUACAAGGCGUCCUAGCAUUCAUCGCGAUGGCGCUAGGCGCGACCUCCGUGAACGCCUUCAACACAGCGAAACUCGACAUCCCUGUGCCCGCGGCACUCGCGUUCUUCACCUUCACCGCCGUCUUCACCAUGCUGCUCACCGUGCCAUACACACUCAUCACGCCGCGCUAUUUCCCCCAGCUGGCCCAUCCCAUGGCGAUGCUCAGCGCCGAGGCCACGACGUCGAUCCUCUGGCUGGGUGGGUUCGCCGCCGUCGCGGACCUGUUGCGGAAGAACGAGAUUGUCGUCGAUGCCGGACGGCCUGCCGCGCGUGGGUGUGUCGCUGUGGGGGUUUUCGAGUUGUAA